AUGUCAAAAAUCACAUUUCCAUCUGGCGAGAAGGUGGCGAAAACCCAGCCUGCGGAGGUUGGGGCGCCAGGCGUGUCCGGUGGAGGAGGUGAAAAUGAUGAUAACAGAGCAGUAGUGUACAGCGACACCUCCAAGAUCAUGGAAACGCCAAUACAGGUGCUAGAGAUGGAAGAUGCCUCGAGCGACGACGAGGAUGAGGAGGAGGACACGGAUGCCAGUGGCACUUUGGGAUUGAAACGCGUGAUCACCUUAGCAAGGCCUGAAUGGGUUUGGAUUGGGAUUGGAGUGUUCUUCUUGUUCCUGAGUCUGAUUCCGCCACUGUUGCUGCCUCUAGCUUUCGGCGGCAUCAUGGACAAGAUCGUGAUUGAGGAGAAGGACGGCAACCAGGGAGUGGACGACAAGACUGGGAAGAAAGAAGCCGUGAAUCGUUUGGCUUUAGAGUUGAUAACCAUAUUGGCCAUAGGUGCGGUGGCCACGGCGGUGCGGGCGUUCAUUUUCAACGCCGCUGGCGAGCGAGUGGUCGCAAGACUGCGUCUCCAACUGUUUUCGAGCAUUUUGAGGCAAGACCUGUCGUUGUUUGACGAGAGGAAAACCGGCGAAUUGAUGUCGCGUCUUACCUCAGACUGCACGUCCUUGCAGGAUGUAUCGACCUCGAAUUUGAGCAUGCUCCUUCGCGGCGCGAUCGAAUUGGCGUUGUCGGCAGUGAUGAUGAUCAUCACUUCCUGGCGGCUCUCGGUGCUGGCUUUCAGCGUGGUUCCCUUGGUCGUGGGAGCCCUAAUGCUCUAUGGCUGGCGCUUGCGGAAGGUUUCUACACUUGCAACCGACGCAUUAGGCGAAACGAGCAGCACAGCGCAAGAGGCGAUUGCAAAUGUGCGGACGAUGCGCAGCUUCGCAGGGGAGCGUCUAGAGGUCCUGCGUUUCCGUCGUGCCUUAGGAGAUCCAGACGACCUUUCGGUCUGCAACGAUUUUUCAAGAGCAUCACGGCAAAUAAAUGUGGGACAGCGAAAAGGUUCGCGCAGUGGCGGGCAACCGAGGGUGGAUCCAACGGGUAGAAACCACAAGGACAACGAUUUAGAAUUGGGACAGGCAUCCAAGGGUAGAGACGGUUCCUCGAUUGAGCUUGGUGCCAUUCCGCCGCCUCUGCAAGAUGUGACGGCACGUGCAGUCUCCCGGGAUAGCGGCAGUCAAGUGUCGUCGGUCGGCGGCGAACGAUUAAAUGACUCGAAUUUAGCCCCAGCUACUCAUCAGCACCAUGGUGGAAAAGAUCAUACAGGAGUACAGACAAUAAAGACUCUUACAAAUAAGAACAAAAAGAAGGUGAAGAAGUCCAAGAAGAAGUCAAAGAAGGGGACUGAAGACACUGGCCCGAAUGAGCUUUGUGGGUGCUGUUUGCCGCGAAACAAUCGUGGCUGGUGGUGGUUUCCGCCACGGAAGUCGCGCACCGUGUAUCGCUUUGGCAUUUUGAAGCAGCUAAUGAACAGUGGCUUUAUUGCAGCCAUUGCGAUGCUUGGAUACGGCGUGGUUUUGCUGAUUGUCUGGCACGGCGCACAUCUCGUUCUUGAGGGGUACAUGACUCCCGGAGAUUUAGUUGCUUUUCUCGUCUACGCGGUUCAAGUGGGAGGAAGCAUUACCAUGCUGGUGCAUUUGGUUGCGCUCGUCUACACGGCAGUGGGUGCGGCUAGGCGAACCUUCCAGCUGAUUGAUAGAGAACCGACUAUACCUUUGGAGUUGGAUUACCUGAAAAGCCGGAGCAAUGACGUGCGCGAUGACGAGGUAGUCAAUCACAACGUCAUUGAUGAAAACAAAGAGGGAUCGACUCCUUUUGCUGCUUAUCAAAUACAACCUGUAGUGGAACUAAAACAUCGUGGUGCCCAGGCAACAGGGGUCAUUUCACCGGUGCUCUCUUCAGCGGCAGCCACUGACAUGCUGAAGAUGGCGAAUAUUACUGGAGGACUACCGCAGUUGCAGUCUGUCGAGUCUGCACUAGAUGUCCAAUCGCCAAGUACAACUAAACCUGUUGUGGAAUUCCAGCGUGUCUCCUUCGCCUAUCCUGCCAGACCUGACGUUCGUGUCUUGCGAAAAGUCUCCUUCUCCGUGAAACGCAACCAGACUGUAGCUUUCGUCGGCCCUUCCGGGUGCGGAAAGAGCACGGUGUUGAACCUGCUGCAACGUUUUUACGACGUAACUGGCGGUCGCGUGCUCAUUGACGGCGUCGACGUUCGAGAGCGAACUCAUGCGGACCUCCGAGCGCAAAUAGCGUGGGUGCAGCAAGAGCCCGUGCUUUUCGGAGUCACCAUAGCAGAGAACAUUUCUUACGGGUGGAGUGCAAAGUUAGGGAACAAUCGAGCUUUGCCGCCUCGCCAUUUGAUCGAGCAAGCAGCGCGCGCCGCGUUCGCGCACGAUUUCAUCACCGCGUUUCCGGAGGGCUACGACACCCUAGUCGGCGAGCGCGGGGUGCGGCUCAGCGGCGGCCAGAAACAGCGCAUUGCCAUAGCCAGGGCGCUCCUAGUCGACCCGAAACUGCUUCUGCUGGAUGAAGCGACCUCUGCGUUGGACGCGGAAAGCGAGGAUUUAGUCCAAAAAGCCAUUGACGCAGUGAUGCAGGACCGAACCACCUUCAUCGUGGCACAUCGGCUCUCGACCGUCAGAAGAGCAGACCAGAUUUUUCUGAUCGAUCGACACCGACUCGAGGCCAGUGGCACGCACGUGGAGUUGAUGGAGCGCAGUGAAAAAUACAGGGAUCUGGUGAGACGACAGGUGGAAGCAGGAAAACAAAGUGUUGCUGAUAUAGACGAAGCUUCGGAUGAAGAAACAUGAUUUGGCCAUUACUUAGAAGACGACAAUGUAGUGUCGACUUAAAUGUACCUACUUCUACCUGCACGUCGCAGAUGAAGUUAGUUCUUGAAGAUUACGUCGGGUCGAUACAGAAAUAAUGAAAUGCGUAGUUAUAUUACAUGUACAGAAAUAGAGAACGUUGGAGACGGUAUAACCUAGCGCUUGUAUAGAAGACUUGUCAUUCCCAGAGGAAUACUCAUACUCAAUAUUUAUCCUCUUCAAAUCGCGAGAAAAAUAUAUCAGAACACAUUGGAUUUUGGGACUCACGUAAGUCCGUCUGCCCGUCGCUACAACUAUCCUAGAUGUGUAGUUUUUAUUCCUUGCAAAAAUGUCGAAUGUGUGCAGUGAUCUGUAUUUUGUUUAGAAUGCGUAGUCUGCGUUAGUGGAGACUCUUGCUGCGAACGUUAUGAAGGAGCAUUGCAAGUACUGGUUUAUCCAGAGUCUCUGGCUCUUACAUAUGUAGUUCGAGCAAGCUGCUGUCAAUGUCUUGGCAGCACGAAAGGGUAACUAGCGUCUUCAUGUCCUGCACUAGGAGUGCGAUGUUUCGACGCACCAAAGGGGAAGGUUCCGAUGAAUGGCCUCGUCUUAUGAAAACUAGUUUCUCACCUACUUACAACUGACACGAUGAAACGGAUAACCUUCUAUUGACACCCUAGGUGCUACAUGUCUCGUCGACAAUGGAAAAAUUUCGAGAUCAAAUGACACAUGGAAUUGAGGACACGACGAGAUGUGGUAUGAUAUGACAGAAUCUACCACUUCUCGACGCGUUCCUUCAAGGUUGAGCCUCAAAAAGACAUAAAAGCUGACGACGCUGCUUUCUAUUUUGAUGCACAGCAUGGCGUUCACAGCAUGGAUGAGAAAUAUGGCGACGCUUGUUGUUCUUCUUUUGCAGGGCCCUCUAGGCUUUCC